UGUCUCAACAAAACUUGUAAUUUUGUGAAUGGGAUCUGUGACCAUGGAUGUGUCGGUGAUUACAAUAACACACAAUGUCUAGAGGGUGAGGAAUUGAAAUAUUUGUAUUUCUGUUUGUUCAAACUUCUUACCUAUGUGUAUCAGUUCAUGAUAUAUCAUUUAAUAAGAAAUAAAGUAAAAAAAUCAUCUGUUUGACUUUAUAAACUAAAUAGAAGUUUUGCCAUGUCAGUUAUAUGAAGCUAAUGCAUUUAUUAAAAUGAUAUAGUCUAUUAUUUGCUCUAAAUAUAUCAUAUUUAAGCAAUACAUAAGAGUGUCAUUAACAUUAAAAAUGAGAAUUGUAGGAAUUUUUAAGACUACGAUUAUACUUAGAACAAAUGAUUAGACUCUAUAAAUUGUAAAAAUAAAAUCAUGCGUUAGCUUUAUCUAUCUAUCUAUAUAUAUAUAUAUAUAUAUAUAUAUAUAUAUACCUGACAUGGUAAAACUUCAUUUUUUUAUAUAUCCAAAAAAUUAGAAGAGCUUUGCCAUGUCAGGUAUUUGAAGCUAAUGCAUUUAUUAAAAAGAUACAGUCUAAUCUUUGUUCCAAAUUAAUCAUAGUUAAGCACUACAUAAAAUUCUCCUUUACUAUAAAAAAUAUUUAGUUUUGAACAAAAUUGUUUAGUGUUAUUAACAAAAAUUAUAUGAUUAGAGUUUUCAAGAAAUGUCUGAUGUAUUUAAAUUACUAUCAAUCUAAGCGUGCUUGCAACUUUAAAGUGCUAGUUGUACAAUUCGGUGGCAGGGCACAUGCGGCCAGAGGAAACAUUUUAUGCGGCCUGCAAAAGUUCCGUUAACAAGGAAUAAUUAUUGUUUAUCAUUUCACAUACAAGCCUUUAAAAGUAAUGAUAACAAUUUAAAAUUGUCAAACUAUAGAAAUGCUAACCAGAGUAUGAUAUUAUUGAUGACACAGUAUAUUUGUUGGGCUACAUUGUAAUCAUAAUAAGCGUAGAAUUUAUAGAUUUAGGCAAAAGGCGUGCAUAGAUAUGACUUAAAAUGGAUAGACUUUAAAUUUGAAAUCUACGAAUCUGGAUGAAAAAUAAUCGUCUGUGUGAUAGAAUGUGCGUCAGUUAGGCUAGACGGUGUGAGGAGCAGAGGAUUGACCGUCAUGUGUGAUUCUAGGUACAGACCUUAAUUAUUUACAUGCUUCGAUAAAUUACUGAGACAUGUAUCUUUUCUUUGUAUGUCUUUUUUUAAGAAAGUGGUUAUGUCGAGUCGCCAUCUUCUGCUGCUGCCAUCGUGGCACCGAUUGUUGUAGCCAUCGUGCUAAUCGUGGUGGCAAUAGUUGGUGUUAUUUUAUGGAGGUAAGUUAAACUCUAUUUUUUUUUUGUAUCUGCUGACUUUGCUGAAAAUGUAUGUUAGCUAUUAUUUUAAAUUAUGAAAGUAUUACCAAAAAACGUCAAGCUAGGCAACUUUAUCACAUAAAUGGUAUUCCAAACAAUACAACACUAUAACUUCACUUUGUAAACACUAUGUUAAUUUAUAGCACAGCUUAUGAUUUAGAGGGGAAAAAAACAUUACGCCAACGAGGACAGGCAACGUUUAAUGUCAAUUGUUCCUGAAAUGGAUUUAUAUUAAAACUAUUUUUUUUUAUAACGUUCCACUUGCUAGACGAAAUAGGAAUGGUAAAAAGAAAGUCACAGAAGAACUGGUACCAAAAGGAAUGAUGUCUAUCAGGCAAAACAAAUUAAACACUCCUGAGGAGAACAAUGUAUCGAAUCAAAAAGGCAAGUCACCUAAACAUAAUUUGACCAAUUUUGUAGUGGCAAAAAUCAAUGUUUUAUAUAAAUGGUCAACAAAGUGUAUUUUUGCCUGGGGCUGACGGGCAUUAGUUUCUCUUUUUUUCAAAUGUAACAUUUUUUUAAAAUGAAAUAUGCCAUGGAGUGAGUUAACCAAUUAUAGAUGUCAUAUUUGGUUGUAUUCACUAUGGGGUAUAGUGAUAACACAUACGUUAUAUGAUUCAGAUCACCACAGCAGCAAUAUUGUGUCAACACUUAUGACAUCAAACCUAGAAAACACUUACUCCAACACAGUUCUACCCAUGGUCAAAGACACAUUUAUAGCUGUCAAUGACUUGAAUGAAUUUAUGCGUCUACAUAACAGUGACUAUUUUACGCAGCAGUUUAAGGUUUGUUAUUUUCCUUCUUUUAUUCUAAUCAUUAAGUAUAAAACAAUGUUUAAUUUAUUUUAGUGCUUCACGUGAGCAGGUUACGGUAUUGCCGAUCGACAAAGAUUACAAAACCCAUUUGAUGCUACAUACACUAAGCAGUAUGGGCAGGACUUUAUGACAAUCCCAAUAGGUAUAUUAUGGGGCUGUCUCUAAAGUACGUCACACUAUUUUUUACUAUCCCCCCCCCCAUGUCACAAUCUGUCACAAAUCUUUGACCCCCAACCCCCAAAACAAACCAACACAAAAAACUAUCUUGACCUUUCAAAUAAACGGAUUCAAAAAUACAAACCUGAAGGAAAAGCUUCACAUUUCACUAUUAAACGAUUCAAUUUAUAAAGUAACAUCUUCUGAUAUUAUAAGUUAUUUACACAAAAAAAGUUUAAAGUGAAUGUCAAUUUCAGAAUUUGCAUUAAUGAAAAAUUUUGGUUUUAAAACAUUUUUGACGUCACAUUCAAAUGAUAUUUAGCACCCCCUCUCUCCCCCCCCCCCUUUCUUCUUGUUUCCGCCACAAACUGUCACAGUUGCUUAAAAUCACUACACUUCACCGUGUAGUCGAAAUUUCAUAAUUUUCAUUAAUGAAAAAUUUUGGUUUUAAACCCUUUUUGACGCCACAUUCAAAUUAUUUUUAGCCUCCCCCCCCUCCCCCCCCCCCUUUCUUCUUGUUUCCGCCACAAACUGUCACAGUUGCUUAAAAUCACUACACUUCACCGUGUAGUCGCGUACUUUAUGGACGGCCACGGGUAAAGAUUGAACAAUCUUCCGUUAUCGUCUACGCCUAGUUUAUGAUUGAAACAAUCAAUUUAAACAUUUUGGAUUUCUAGAUAUGGACAUCAACAUUUUAUGUGUAAAGGGAAUGAAUGUAUAAUCAAAGCCUAUAACAUCAUUUUGGGGCUCAUAUUCCACUGGUCUAAAUGAUUUUAAUUUUCUUCUUCAAUUUUAUCAACAAUGACCAAUGAUAUCCGACUAGCAUUAUGCACAUUGAUGCAAUGAUCUUCAACUAGGUAUCACAAAAGGUCUUUAUGGGCCAAAGUAUUAUUUUAAUGCACACUGUAAAAAAGGUUCUUAAGCUGAACAAACAGUUGUGAAUUUUAUCAAAUUAAUAGGCUUCUUCUUUACAAAUACCUUGCUGAAGAAUUGUCGAGUUAAUAAUUGUAAUUUAUUAUACAGUGUAUGUACUUGAAAAUAAAACAAUGUCAAAAUGUUAACAGCAUAAAUAUAUAUUAUUACAUUCUAUCUUCUAAAAAAAUAUAUUUUUAACAAAUUAAAUGUUUAGAAUUAUUCUUUUUAAAAUUUUAUAUACACCAAAAUUACUGAAAUUUAAAAAAAAUAACUUUGCACCUGUGUAUGCAUUUCAACGCAUCUGUUUCAGAAUAUCCCAACCCCGAUGAACGUCACCAUGGAAAUAGGACUAAACAAUGAAAACAAACAUAAAAACAGAUACAAGAACAUCUGUACAUGUGAGUCUGUUUAAACAAGCUUCUGUUUUCUGAGACAAUGAACUCAAAACAGUCAUAGGCCUCAUUUACGCUUCCAGUACUGAGACAACCCCCUGAGCUUCAUUCCAUCAAAAUCUUUCAGAUGUUUCGUUAAUUUAACUUUUGUUUGAUUUACGUCCCCGUUAAGUUUAUAAAAAUUGUCAGUUUCCGUCCCCACUCUUCCAAAAAAUGUUUCCGAUUGUUUUCCAUACACACUAAUAAUUUGGGAAAGUUUACAUUUUUUUCAGACGACCAUUCAAGAGUCCACCUCAUGAUAAACACAGCAAAACAUGAAGGAGAUUAUAUAAAUGCUUCAUACAUUGAGGUAAAUUAAAGGCUAGAUUGCAUUUUGUGUCCCACAGAUUCACUUUAGCUAAUACUUGCAUUUUAAAAUAAUUUAACACGCACCAUGAUGUCUAAGUGAAAAAAAAAACGUUCAAUUGUUAAAAUAAAGCAUUAUAUUUACAAAAAAUAUUCUCACAUUUCAUAUUUUAACAAAACAUUGCAUUUUGGGGAUGUAUUUAUUAGCUUCUGUAUAAAAAAAUUCAAUUAGGAUACAUAUCAUGGUAAAUGUUCUUUUAUUUUAUUUGUCUUAAUCUGACAACAUUGAAACAUUUAGUAAGAUGAUAAUUUUUUUUAAAACUAUAACUACUAAUCACAGGGUUACAUGGAUAAAGAAAAAUUCAUAGCUUGUCAAGGUAAGUGUAAUGUUUCUUAUCAAUUGUUAUGUCGUUAAGCGACACGACAUGGCAUAGUCUAAAAGAAAACGAUUGAAUACAUAUACCAAAGCUAAUUAUUAAGUAUAUAUAAAAAACUUUUAAAAAAAACACUUCCAAAAUGUCUUCGUGUUUGUAUAACAUCUUUAUUUUCUCCAGGCUUUCCAUCUUUAAAUUCGAAAAUUCCCGCUUAUACACCAAAUUUUUUAUAUAAAACUGAAAAUCAAAUUCAAUUUUUUUUAAAAUACACAUGUGUAGGAGUUUUGAAACAUUAAUUACUUAAAUAUGAGGGAAAAAUCAUCUGAUAAAGAAAGCUGUAAUAGAAAUCAUUUCUUCAUUUUAACUGUCACAACUCGAGUCACAUUAAUCACAGUCCUAUCACUAUUAUUUUUACAAAAAUUAAGUUUCAAAGAAUGCUUAAUUGAGGUCAUGUUUCUGCAGGUCCCAAUAAAGUUAUCAUCAAUGACUUUGUUCGUUUGUUGUGGGAGCAAAAAGUAGACAAAGUUGUGAUGCUGACAAACUUGAUUGAGGAAGGACAGGU